AUGAGUGUGGACAUUGAUGGCAGUAACAUUGAAACUGUUGUAGAGACCGAAAAUGCCAUAGGUGUUGACUUCCACUAUGCAAGUCAGAUACUUUUCUGGACUGAUGACACGCACAAUAAACUUUAUUCAUCAAACAUUGAUGGUACUGGAGUAGAAGUUGUUUUGGAUAUUGGACUACAUACACCAGAAAAUGUCGCAGUUGACUGGAUUGGAAAUAAACUUUAUGUUGUAGAAAGCUACAUUGGGCAGAUUGAUAUAUGCGAAAUGGACGGUAGCCUGAGGGCGCCCUUGCUUACUGAGGGUCUUAACCAACCACGAGGAAUCGGUCUGGACCCGACAGAAGGGUACAUGUUUAUUAGCGAUUGGGGCAAAUACCCUGCUAUUAAGAGGGCAUUCAUGGAUGGGUCUAAUGUCGUCAUCUUGGUGUCAGACAAGGUCAUUUGGCCGAAUGGUUUGACAGUAGACAUUGCAUCCAAAAGGAUAUUCUGGGUUGAUGGACGAUUGGACUAUGUUCAGAGUGUUACUUACAAUGGUCAAAACAGGGAAACACUCAUAUCGGGUGGUCUCUAUGUACCGCAUCCUUUAGAUAUAACAGUAUUUGAACAGUAUGUAUACGUAUCUGAUUGGACAAAAAUGGGACUCUUAAAAGUUAACAAGUUCAUGGAAUCAGAUUACACCAUCAUUGUGCAGACAGAGAGUGCUAAACCAAUGGGUGUGACAGCUUACCAUCCAGCAAAACAACCCACUGUACCUAAUCCAUGUGGUAGCAUUAAUGGUGGCUGCCAACAGCUGUGUGUUGUUAGUCACACAACGGACAAUGGUGGUCUUGGAUACAGAUGUAAAUGUAAAACCGGCUAUGAACUUGACAGUGAUCAGAUAUCAUGUACAAAAAUAGAUAAAUUUCUCCUGGUAACACAAGACCAUGUCAUUCGAGGAAUUUCACUGGAUCUGAACAAGAGAGGAGAUGCAAUUUUUCCAGUGUCGGAUAGAGGCUCAAAAUACAGUGGUGUGGAUUAUGAUGUGCGAAAUGAAUUCCUUUAUUUUUCUGACAUCAACAAACAAUGGAUUGCUCGGACAAAGCUAGAUGGUUCAGGUUAUGAGCCCGUAGUUCAUAAUAAGAUGUUUAGCCACGUCGUUAGCAUUGCCAUUGAUUGGGUGUCUAAUAACCUCUAUUAUGUGGACUCUAUGCUCAAUUCAUUGUCUGUAGUAUGGUUAAUGCAGACAUCUGUGCAGAGAACACUCAUCACCAACCUCCGACAACCGGUAUCAGUCGUUGUCCACCCAAUGGAAGGAUAUUUGUUUUGGUCAGAAGUACGUAGACCCGCAGCAAUCUUUAGAACUAGGGGAGAUGGCAGUAAUAAAACAACAAUAAUUAAUACAGAGUUGGGUGAUCCUCAUGGACUUGCAAUAGAUUUUCAAGCUAGAAAACUGUACUGGUCAGAUGUGACUCUCAACAAAAUAGAGCGAUCUGAGUUUGAUGGAUCAUCCCGUCAAACCAUCAGUGUCCAAAGCACGUCUCAGCCGGUGUCCAUAACUGUGAAUGGAGAUUUUAUUUAUUUAUUGGAUGCUGGAUUCAACAAGAUACAAAGAGUGAAUGGUUCUGCAACAGUCAUCAUCCGAGAAGGUUUGAAUGACGCAACUAAUAUAAAAGUUUAUGAUAUUAACAUGCAAUCAGGUGAAAAUGCAUGCUCAAGGCAUGGACAGAAUGGGGACUGUAGUCAUUUUUGUUUCCCUAUGCCGUCAUUUACAAGACAUUGUGGCUGUCCCUAUGGAAUGAAGAUCGAUACUGGAACCCAGAUGUCAUGUAUUGCAGACCCUGACGAGUCGCCAAUAGAUCUUUGUCCGGAAUACUCAUUCACUUGUAACAAUAGUCGGUGUGUAUAUAAAUUUUGGCGGUGUGAUGGGGAGGAUGAUUGCCAUGACAACAGUGAUGAAGAAAACUGUGAAGAUCAUACGUGUUCACCCAUGGCAUUCACCUGUGCUAACAAUCUGUGUAUAAUGGCAAACUGGCAAUGUGAUGGGGACAACGACUGUGGAGAUAAUUCUGAUGAAGAAGACUGCAUACCACCUUCCUGUAGCAGUUCUGAUUUUACUUGUGAUAAUGGUAAUUGCAUUUCUACACAAUGGAAGUGUGACACAGACAAUGACUGCGGGGAUGGGUCGGAUGAAAAAGAUUGUGAAUCACACGUUUGUGCACCUGGGUAUUUUUCUUGCACAAGUGUUAUGAGGUGUAUCUCACUUGUUUGGGUGUGCGAUGGAAUCAGUAACUGUGCUGAUGGAAGUGAUGAAGUCAACUGUCCUGUUCACGAUUGCAACACGAGCAGUGAGUUCCAGUGUACGAGUUCAAAGCAAUGCAUCAGCCUGAAUCUGCGAUGUGACGGUGCAUGGGACUGCGAGGAUCAUUCAGAUGAGGAAGACUGUCCUACAAGACCACCAAAUGGUUGCCAUAGUGAUGAAUUUCAGUGUGUUGGUAGUGGUACCUGUAUCCCGGGCAACUGGGAAUGUGAUGGGCAUCUUGACUGUGAUGAUAACAGCGACGAACAUGGCGAGUGCGGGGCAGUAACUUGCAACCCUACCGAUUUCAAAUGUGACUCUCAUGUAUGCAUCCCCAGUCAUUGGGUGUGUGAUCAGUACAAUGAUUGUGUUGAUGGUUCUGAUGAACUUGUGUGUCCAACCCAACCAUUCAGUUGUCCUGACAACCAGUGGUUGUGUCCUGGUACAACACAAUGCAUAGACAAUAAUGAUGUCUGCAAUGGCGUUGAGGAAUGCCCACUUGGGCAUGAUGAAAGUCCAAUUUGCAAUGAUGAUAGUUGCAUGAUCAACAAUGGAGGCUGCUCUCAUCAGUGUUUGCAGACUCCGUUCGGUGCUGAAUGUGUUUGUCUACUUGGACAACAACUUCUGAAUGAUUCAAAAGUAUGCGCAGACAUCAAUGAGUGUGAACCACCAGGCGCUUGUAGUCAGACUUGUAUUGACGAGAAAUAUUCCUUUAAAUGUGAAUGUGGAGAUGGUUACAUGUUAGAGCCGGAUAGGCACACAUGCAAAUCUACAAAUUCAGCUCCUGUUUAUAUGGUUGUUUCAAAUGUUGACUCGAUUAUUCGACAUGAUAUACAGACAGCAGAAAGUACAGUUAUAUGGGACAGUCUGUCAAAUGUCUUGGCAGUGGAUUUUGAUGCAUCAGAAGGGCGAAUUUAUUGGACUGAAGCUUCUGUUAACAGGAUUUCUAGGUCAUACUUGAAUGGGACAAACAAACAAGUGCAUCUGUUGUUCUGGACUGAUUGGGGUCGCAGCCCAAGAAUUGAAAGAGCUGGCAUGGAUGGAAGCGAUAGAACCGUUAUUGUCACUGACAGAAUCUAUUGGCCAAAUGGUUUGACACUUGAUCUGCCGACUGAAAGAGUAUACUUUGGAGAUCGUCGUCUUGAUUUUAUUGAGUUUUGUGACUACGAUGGAAAUAAUAGGCAUCAUGUGAUUGGCAGUACGCAGUUCAUCAGCGGUCUUCAUCAUAUGGCUUUAUUUGAAGACUUUGUUUAUUGGACUGACCGAGAGAAUAACGAAGCAAUGCGUGUAAAUAAAUACACUGGUCAGAAUCGUAGUGCAGUCGUCUCACUCUCCCAUCCACUUGGCAUACACAUCAAUCACCCUGCUCUACAGCCAACUAGUCGUAAUUUCUGUGAAAAUAGCGGUUGUUCACAUCUUUGUGUUCUUGCCCCGAAUGACGCUGGUUUUACAUGCAUGUGUUCACCUGGAUAUGAACUGAACGCAGAUGGUCUGAUGUGCGAACAAUCAUUGAUAAUAUGUUUCCUAUUGUUGUCAGAUGUUGAAAGAAUGAUAUCACAAAUGAAUGGAUCUUCUCCUGAGAUGUUUGUCCCAACUGCAUAUGUAGGGGCACCUCUUAGUAUUGCGAUUGAUUGGGUAUCUCGCAACAUAUUCUGGAGUAAUCCAAACGAACACAUAAUUGAGGUGAUGAAGUUGGAUGAAGAGAAAAAUUACCGUACAGUUGUCUUCAGCGAUAAUGUUGGCAUUCCAGGUGCCAUAUGCGUGGAUCCAUCUCUGGGAAUGAUUUACUGGGCUGAAGUUACUCCCACUCUGACGAGGAUUUCCAAGGGCAGGAUGGACGGUACAAAUCCACAAACUGUUGUUAAUGGCAAUCUUGGCCAAGUGGAAUACCUGACUAUAGAUAUUAAACAGCAACAACUGUAUUGGAGCGACAGUGUCCUUAAAAUGAUUGGAACCUGUAACGUUGAUGGCACAUCAAAGCAAGAUCUUGUAACGAACCUUGCAACUCCAAAAGGUUUAGCGGUUUACGGCAGUUAUCUUUAUUAUUCAGACAUCGGCUUUGAGGUCAUAACCCGAGUUCAAAAAUCAGAUGGUAGCGAUCCUGUUAACUUAAGAAAUAAUUUUCGUGAUGUACAAGCGCUGAAGAUCUUUGCCCAGGAUAGUACUAUUACAAACGCAUGUAAAGUAAACAACGGGCGAUGUCACCAUCUUUGCCUGCCAAAUGGUCCUGCAACAAAGGUCUGCAAGUGUACUAUUGGGUUUCAGCUCGCUCCUGAUGGUGUUAGCUGUAAUAAUCACACUUCAUUUGCGGUUGUGUCUCAGCUGACCGUUAUAAGAGGAUUCAGCUUCUCGGAUGACCACGAGGAAGCCAUGGUGCCAAUUGCAGGACAAGGUCGUUUUACGCUUCACGUUGAUGUCCAUAUGGAAGAUCAGUAUAUAUAUUUCGCUGAUUUCAAUGCAGCUAAUAGAAAUGCAAAUGGUAUCCAACGAAUUAAACCAGAUGGCAGUCGGCUGAGGAAUCUUAUAACAACCGGUAUUGGCAAAAAUGGUAUCCGCGGACUGACUGUUGAUUGGAUAGCAGGAAACCUUUAUUUCACAAAUGCUUUUGAAUCUGAAACUUAUAUUGAAGUAUGUAGACUUGAUGGCUCUUAUAGACUGGUGUUGCUUAAAACGGUUGAAGACUUACCAAGGGCUAUCGCAGUCAACCCUGUCAAAAAGUACUUAUAUUGGUGCGAUUACGGCCAACAGCCGAAGAUUGAAAGAAGUAAUUUAGAUGGUAGCAAUAGAUUAGUCCUGGUCCAGAAUGAAAAUACAGUGUACCCACGUGAUAUCUGUGUUGAUUACCAAACCCACAAAGUCUACUGGGUGGACACAGACUCAGAGCAAAUUCAGAGAGUCUCUUGGGAUGGUACUAACAUAGAAACUGUUCGCUCUGAUCUUCCGAAUCCAUAUGGCCUAGCUAUCUUCAAAGAUGAAGUCUUCUGGGUUGACAGAAGCCUAAAAAAUGUCUACAAAGCGAGUAAAGAGCCUGGCGACGUGAAUUAUCCAACUUUCAUCAAGACUGGAAUAGAGUCCCUUCGAGAUGUUGCGAUAUUUGACGAUGAGAUACAGCCAAUAGGUGCUAACCCAGGAGGGUGUUACACUUCCAAUGGCGACUGUCAGCAGCUUUGUUUUGGGAGACCAGACAAUAGCUUUCAUUGUGCUUGUGCGACAGGAACUUUGCUGAAUGAUGGUAAAAGCUGCGGAGAUGUUGAUGCUUUCCUGCUCCUUGCCAAUGAAGGUCAGGUUCGGAGUUUGCACUUUGAUGCCACAGAUCAUUCUCAGCCAAGGCCACCUAUGACUGUUCCUGGCCGCACUUAUAGUUUGGAUUUUGACUACCAAGAAAAGCUGUUGUUCUACACAGAAAUAUUUACCAGUUCUGUUCGAUAUCGUGCAUUGGAUGACCCAAGUAGUGACCCUGUGAUUGUAACAGACGAAGAUGUGAACAUGCUGUCUGGCAUUGCUUUUGACUGGGUUAACAAAAAGAUAUAUGUGACUGACUUGUUAUCAUCAAUUAUUUUCGCAAUUAACAUGGAUGGCACUGACAGAAUGACAAUAAUUAAUAAUGCUAACAAUCCAAGAGGAAUCAUCGUGGACCCAUGUAAGGGGCAGAUUUAUUGGAUUAGCCGGGGGCAGCUUUCUCUGAUAGAGCGUUCAACAAUGUCCGGCAACUAUCGAGAACAGUUUGUAUCUACAGAUAUUGGAUCUCCAGGUGGUUUGACUAUAGACUAUGAUGAAAAUAAAUUAUAUUGGUGCGACAAUGAGCGAAAUAAAAUUGAGAGAAUUAACAUUGAUGGGAGCAAUCGUGAAGUUGUCAUCAGUCAUUCGAUACUCUCCCAUGGCAUGACCUUAUAUGGUAAUUAUAUCUAUUGGACCGAUGUGGAGUUAAUGGCUGUCUUUAAAGCCGAAAAGCAUACCGGUGCUGGAGAGGUCACAUUAGUUCAGGGACUUUCGAACAUGCCCAUGGAUAUACAUGCUUAUGCUGAAGAUCGCCAACAAUGUAACACAACUGUAUGUGAUAUCUACAAUGGUGGCUGUAGCCAUAUCUGUACGCCAGCGCCAAAUCUGGCCACAGAGUGCUCGUGUCCAGACGGGGAGAACCUUAAAAUUGCUAAUAAUGGAAGAAUGUGUGUUCCUGUUGAUUCAAACUGUGAAGAGGAUUUCACAUGUGUCAAUACUGGCCGUUGUAUUUCAAUGCGUUGGGUCUGCGAUAUUGACAACGAUUGCGGUGAUUCGUCAGACGAGGCAGAUUUCAUGUGCUUUGAACAUACAUGCAGGCAAACUGAUUUUACUUGCAAUAAUGGCCGCUGUAUCUUUCUCAGCUGGAGGUGCGAUUACGAUGACGAUUGUCGAGAUGGCAGUGAUGAAAUUGAUUGCCCGUUCCCUACUUGUGACCCAAUCAAUGAUUUUACAUGUGCUAAUAGUCGAUGUAUCAGUAAGGACGAUGUCUGUGAUGGUCAUGACGAUUGUCGAGAUGGACAACAAUCAGAUGAGCGAGAUUGUCCUGGACGUACAUGCGCACCGGGUUACCACCAGUGCGAAAGCUCAACAUUGUGCCUACCACGCCGUUGGUUGUGUGAUGGAGACAAUGACUGUGGAGACAUGUCUGAUGAAAGCACAACUUUCUGUUUUGGAAUACCUUGUAAUAGUGGUGAUUUCCGAUGUGUUACCAGCGGACGUUGUAUUCCCCCGUACUGGCAUUGUGACGGCGAUAAUGACUGUAGGGACAUGUCAGAUGAGCCUAGCAGCUGUGGUACUGAGGAGUUCACCUGUUUUGGCGAUCAGUUUACUUGUGAUAGUGGCCGGUGUAUCCCUUUGAACUGGAUCUGUGAUUCUGAUAAUGACUGCGGGGACCACUCAGAUGAAGAUGAAAGACACAAUUGUGUUGAAAGAAACUGUGGUCCGGGAUAUUUCACAUGUACUGAGCCAAUCAUUGGAAGAGGUAGAUGUAUUCCACUCCGAUGGUUAUGUGAUGGAGAUGCUGAUUGCAAUGAUGCAGAGGAUGAAGCAAGUUGUGAUCAUGAAGAUUGUGAUAACUCUGAAUUCACAUGUGAUAAUGGUAUUUGUAUUCGUGAAAUAUAUAAAUGUGACCAUGACAACGACUGUGGAGAUAACUCUGAUGAGCCGCGUAGCUGUGAAUAUAGAAGAUGCAAUAAUCAGACCGAGUUUCGUUGCCAUAACGCCCGAUGCAUUCCAAAACAAUGGGUGUGUGAUGGAGAUAAUGAUUGCCAAGAUACAUCAGAUGAACUUCCAAGUUUGUGUGAGCAUCCCCCAGUUGAGUGUCCUGAGUUUCAGUGUGACAAUGAUCAGUGUAUUUCGUUUGAUUUGGUCUGCAAUAAACAUAAUAAUUGUGAUGAUGAAUCUGAUGAAAGACAUUGCAACGUUGAUGAAUGUACGGAAACCCCCGGUGUUUGCAGUCAAAUUUGCGAAAACACUCAUGGUAGCUACAUAUGUAAAUGUACUGAGGGGUACAUUAGAGAAGGAUACGACAAUCGUACUUGCAAGCACGAAGAUGAUUUUGACCCAUUUCUUGUUUUCAGCAAUCGCUACUAUAUUCGUAAACUGGCCAUUGACCUAUCAAACUAUGAACUUAUUGGGCAGGGAUUUUCCAACGUAGUCGCACUAGAUAUUCACAUUGCCGAGGAGCGCAUUUAUUUCACCGAUGUACCCAGUCAUGUAAUGCAGCGAAUCUUCCUGAACGGUACUGGCUUGGAAACCAUUGUCAGCCAUUUUGUGCCAGAUGGUGAAGGAAUCGGCAUUGACUGGGUAGGAAGGAAAAUAUAUUGGGCUGAUCGUUCUAAUGAUAUGAUAGACGUUGCUGAACUAGAUGGAACUAGUCGAAAGACGCUUGUGAGCAAAGGUUUAUUUGAGCCUCGAGCGGUUGUCGUGCAUCCCAGAAUAGGAUAUGUUUACUGGACUGACUGGAGUUUGAGUUAUGCACACAUUGGGCGUAUAGGAAUGGAUGGCACCAACCAGAGUAUUGUUAUACAAGGUGAAAAAGUGGGAUGGCCUAAUGGUUUGACAAUAGACUAUACUACGGACAGAAUUUACUGGGUUGAUGCACACUAUGACUAUAUAGAGUAA